GAUCGAAGAACAUAAAAGAUUAUAAGAGAUAUAUUUCUACUUACUGUAGCACGUGUACAGUUUUUAUGAGUAUUAUCUUUAUUUGCUGCAAAUUUUUGUUAUUUUUCAAUAGCGCGUCAGUUGCUUACAAUAACUGAAAAGUUUCAGUUAUUCCAAGAUUAAUAUAAGAAACACUCACAGGCAUCAUGUCAGGCAACAUUAUUGAGAAGAACAAUUCGUUCGACGAUUAUUAUAACACCGACAAUUUCAAUGACAGUGAGUUGCAGGCUCGACUGUAUGCAGAAAUCUAUUACGAAUCGAAUAUCGAGGGUGCGUCAGAAACCACGGAUAGCUCGAGGACAAUCAAAUUCGAUAGCAUGACCACUGAGACAAAUGUUGAAUCGAAAAGGAUACAAUAUGAAUCAGGGGAACAAUAUUUGGAACAACCUUUGACAUCUAAGACAACUGGAGCAGAUUCUCAGAAGAUGCCCUCUACACAUCAAUCAGAAUUUGUUCAAGUUGAGACUAUGUCGAGUAGAGAAAUUAAUUCUGCACAUGGCAAUAAAAGUUCAGAAGAUCCUUCAGUCGUACAAGAAAAAGAGAAGAAAGAAAAUUCUUCCAAGAAACAUAAAUUUUCCAAACAUGUAAAAACUGCACAUAAAGAAAGUUCUGAUAAAAAUGAUAAUGAUAUGGAAUAUUCAAAAUAUAAUGUUGUUUCAAAAUGCGUAAAACAAAAAGUACGUUUGCUUUUAGCUGAACAAAUGGAUAAAGAAGACAGUUCUGAUUCUGAAAAAUCCAUAUUUGAAGUACCUAUUCCACUGAAACCAGAACCACCACUUAUAGACUUGCAAGAUUCUGAUGAAGAAAAUGAAUCAAAUUCUGAGAUAGAUAAUGAUUUGAUUUUUAACCAUAACGGUGCUUCAUUAAAGACAUAUUUAAAAGCGCGCCCAUUAAAAAAUUGCGAAUUAGAAAUUCUACAGAGUAAUCCUCAAGAUACAUCUUCCAAAAGCAAGACUACUUCUAGAUCAUAUAAUAAGGAUACUGUAAAUUCUGGUAAAAGUAUCCAAACAUCAACAGGUACACAAGAUAUCAUGGAAGAUAUUGUGUUGAAUUGCACAACAAUUCAAAGAGGUGCUAAAAGCAUAAGUGAAAUUAAACAAUUGUCCAAAAGCAUAGAGGUAAAACAACGAAGUAAAUCGACAGAAAAUACAAGUCAAAACUCUAAAAAAACUUUACCUUUUUUGAAAGGAAAUAACAAAAAUACUAAUCUUCAGCAAGAAAUAUCUGUGACACCAGGAAAAAAACUGCAAAUAAUGCAACGAAAUAUUGACAAAAGUAAUAAUAUGUAUUUUACGCAUUUAGAGCAAAACAGAAGCUCAGUAAUAGAGCCAUGCAAUCCAGUAAUUGAUCGAAAGAGACGAUGCAACGAGAUUGAUGAUCAAUCUAAACAGAAGCGACGAUGCACCAGUCAGCAGAAUAAUCAAAAUAUUAUGUCACAAUCCAGCAGUACUGGAGAGAAAAGAAACAUGUCGAAUGAGUUUUUUGAGCCAAUGUCGGAAGAAAUGAAAAAUUAUUAUAAUUUGAAUCGCGGUCAAGAAAACUUCGAUAUUAGAAAGUUGCAACAAAGCAUGUCGAAGGAUCCACGAAUGUGGGCAAUUCUGGAUGAAGAUUUAAUGCCAUGUCCCUCUAGCAAACGUUUUAGAUUCUGGAAUGUCAAAUGCACUAACUGCCAGCAGGAUGGGCAUCGGCGGUAUGAUUGUCCAACACCACUUAGACCACCAUCUUGUUACAUGUGCGGCACGAAGGGCCAUGCAGAGGUUCGAUGCCCACAGAAGAUGUGUCUGACAUGUGGUAAGCCACAGAACACAUUUCGUAACACUUGUGAAUAUUGUCGCCUUCUUUACUGUACUAUGUGUGAUUCAGUAGGACACGAGCAAAAUCAAUGUCCCGAUCUUUGGCGACGGUAUCAUCAGACGACUGACAUGAGUAGCAUGCCACAGGAUCCGGGCAACGUGAUGAAACCAUCGAAAUUGCUAUAUUGCUGUAAUUGUACUAAGCGUGGCCACGAAUCGUCAACAUGCAGAGAAUAUCGAUGGUCUGAGAAUUUUCCCACUCCAGCUGCUGUCACAAAUUAUACAGAUGGACCCAUAUAUCGUUCAUCAAGUCCUCAUGUAUCAAGUUAUCCUGGACCUGAUUCUGAGCUCGAUCUCUCGUUGUCUGAGACGACAGAAAACGAAAUAUCGAUUCCACAAUAUACUAUUGAUACACAACAAACAAUAACUACUGAAGACGUGGAAUCUUCUGCAAAUGUAGACACAUCGUCAAAUAUUAAUUUCUACAUUUCACCAAUUUCACAAGAAGUUAUCUCGCAAACGAAAGGUAAUUUAAAAUCUCCUUUUAUUUGGCCCACAGUAAAAACAAAUUUCAAACCAAUCAAAGUGGAUUAUAUAAAAUUUUCCACGCUUAUAUAUUCUUGUGGUAUUUUUCCCAAAAAUAACAAGGAUGCUCGGAUGGUCUUGAUUACUCUUAAUACAUUCUUCUCACAUACAAAAAAAAAUUUGGCUAUAGUAAAGAAUUUAAUAGAACAUCGGACUGUUCCGAAUUUUUUGACAGUAUUGCUGGCGAAAGCGAACAUAGAAUUUGAAGUGAAUAUAGGCUAUAUCCAUCGCAAAAUUCUAUCAUUACAACUAAUAGCAAUGAAAGAUUACAUAGAGCCUUUGUAUGACUUGUUGAAAUAUUGGCUUAAUCUCCCAGAGGAUGAAAAAGAUUAUGGAAUAGACGUGGAUCUACCUGUAAGUUGUAUGAAGAUGUUGAACGUGCUGCUAUCAAGAGAACCACAACUGAAUAAAAUGCGUUUCAGACAUUAUUUCGACUAUAUAGGAGGACUGGAUCAUCCGCGAUUGAUUUUAACAUCUGUGAACUCCGAAAAAAUCAAAGUGGAAAAUCAUUGCAAGCUAUAUGGCAAUCAAAGAACCCAAAAAAAGUAUAAUCGCUUACGUCGAAACUUAUUUCGUUUGCAAACUAAACUUCUUGUGAUUACUAAUACCGAGCCUGAACCGAAUGUUUAUGUACGUACAUUUCAAGACAUAAUGAGAAGAUUCAAAUCAGGAUUUUAUCAAACGAAUGCAAAACUGGACACUGUAACUUAUCUUAGACUUAAUCUGCUUUAUAAUCAACUGUUUGUACCUCACACAUCCGAGAAUUUACACAGGUUGUUACAACGCAUCGAAUUGGAGGAAAAAAAGUUUAAAGAUUCGCAGCAGCCGAAAUUAGAAAUAUGCCACGUACCAGAAAAGGAGCAACAGGAGUCAGAAAUACAUCACAUAUUAGCAAACCAAGAAAACCUCAUAUGUACCUCUACUGCCGAUACUUCAUCCACGACACUUUGCACCUCGCCGAAUAUCAAUUCCGAUAAUUUCUUCGUAAUUGAUAAUCAACAGAAUAACGAGAUAUUAAAUGACGAACCAAAUGUGAACAAUACUUUGCUUGAGACAAACAAACUAAUCAAUCGCAAUUACGAUGACAUAACAAUAACAAUAAAAACUCCUCUAGUGCAGGUUUCUGAGAUUAUACCAUUAAAUACUGCACCCAUGCCAUCGGUUAAAUCAAAAGAACUUAAACCAAAUGAAGAUUUCAUUCAAUUAUCAACAAGUGAAGAGAUUGACUCCAAUGUAUCGAAAAAUAAACAGAAUAUAAAUGUAAAUAAUACACCACAUUUAUCGAAAAAGGAGAAGAAAAAAUUAAAUUAUUUGAAAUUGAUUGAAAUGAGAGACCAAAAUAUAUACGAUAUCGCGUUAAAUAUUAUAAAAACAGCUCGUGCUCUUAAAGUACCACAUAUGAUGAAAGCAGCAGAUGAAAUUCAAAGACAAGUUAACAAGCGGACAGUUAAAGCUAAGCAUCUCCGGUCGUUGAGUAAAUUGAUUCGUACAGAGCAGAAUCAUCAAAAGGCCGUUACUAAUUUUUGCAACUUUUUAAAGAAGAAAUAAUAAAUAUUAAUUACGCGCUCGUUUAGUGAUACGAUGGUAUCACCGUCUGACAUGCAUCCGUAUAUACGAAAUUGUUGAGAAGAUA